AUGUCGUUUACAGUUUCACGUUACGUUUUAUAUCAAUAUCUUCUUUUUUUUGUGAUCAAGAUGUGUAUCGCGCUUACCUCAGACGACAAGGGAGCAUUAUAUCAGAACUGUACGAUUUUCGAUAAAUCGGAUAUAUACGGCGGUCCAGUAUGCGGCGACAACGGCGUAACAUAUGCUAAUAGUUUUUAUUUAGAUUGUAAAAAUCACCAUAAUCACGAAACCGUUGCCACCUUACACUCUGGUCCGUGCUUGGAAAACGAGGAAUACUGUAGCGUCAAUCUGUAUUAUGAUCCGGUUUGCGGUUCAGACUAUAAAAUUUAUACUAAUAUGCAGUCUUUAUUUUGCGUUCGUCAAAGGCAAUCUAGAGAUUUAAAAGCUGUGCCGAUGACGGAUUGUCCACAGAACGAUUCAUGUUACCGAGGUGGAACCGAAUAUUACGGCAUAAAUCCGAUCUGCGCUAAUAACGGACUCACUUAUCAAAACGCGGCUCAGCUCAAGUGCCUGCAACGAUAUAAUUCCAGAUUGCGAAUUAUUCACGACGGUGGUUGUCGCGUGGAAUUUGUUCAUAAGCUUUAUGGUAGAGCGGUUUGUGGCGUCGCGAAAGCGAGAUACGAAUGGAAUCCAGUCUGCGCGUCCGACGGAAUCACUUAUCCAAAUCCUUUCGUCUUUCUCUGCUAUCGCCCAAAUCUGAAUGUAAUUUUCAACGGAGAGUGCGACACACACAGUUACAAAUCUUGCAUAGAGGCACAUACAAAUACGACGGUCUUGCCAAACGGCGAAUACGCGAAUGACGCCUUCACUGUGGACGACGAGGUUUGCGGGAACGACGGUAGCACGUAUCAGAGUAUACAUCACUUGCAAUGCCAUACUCGUCUCGAUAAAUAUGUAUUUUUGAAGCAUAAUGGAUCAUGUUCCGGACCAGAUGACCAUCCUUGUGGUUCGGUACCAGAAGAAGAACAUAGGCAACCAGUAUGUGGCACCGACGGUAAAUCCUAUGUGAGUCCAGAGGCCCUUUGGUGCGCUAAAUUACGCUCUCCGAAAAGAGAUAUUGCUUACAAGCACGACGGUCCAUGCUAA